AAAGUUAUAAAUUGCAUAUUGCAAAAAGUGUAGAUAAUUAAUAAAAAGUGCCAAGCAAGCCGUUUAGCAGACCCAAGUGAUGUGCGUUCUUAUUGUAGCAAUGAAAGGCAGUUAAUUGUUGUAUAAAACGUGAUUUAGAUUGCCGUGUGCCCAACGUCGGGUCCGGGGGCAGCAGAUUCCGAAUAAAUAUAACAAAAGAGGCGCCAAUCUGGAAUACCCGAAAAGGCCCAUUCAGUGCAUCAGAGAUAACAAUUCAUGUCGAUAUAAGGAAGCGCACGCAGCAUUUGUCCAUUGAAUAAAGUAGAAUAUGGAGGAGAUAUCCAGUUUAGACUCUUUUGGGCCAGACUCCAAUGCCCGGCCAGAGACAGAAACGCCCCGACCAGAGGAGCAGAGCCCCCGAGGAGAAGCUCCCGGUGAGGAAGAGCAAGCGCCCAUUGUGGCCGAACAGGACACCCCCGCCUCACCGCCUGCGGAAGAUGCUGCUGGAAGUGUCGGACACGUGGCUGUGGAGGUGCCCAAUCCCAAUGAAGACUCCGAAGAGGGUGGUGCAGCCGUCGCUGCCACCGUCGGGUCAGUCGAAAAGGAUGCCGCUGAGCCAGAGGAAGACUUUGAGCAAAUAUCGGAGGGCUCCUUAGACGCUUUCGAUAAUCAGUCGCAGGAGAAAGCAGACAAACCAGCCACUCCCCCCCAGCAAGACACAGCGGCUGAGGGGUCGGUAGAGGCAGACGCGGACGCGGAAACACCGUUGUCAUCCGAGCCAGCAGGCGAUGAUGCUGACCCUGGCGAGGCCGAAGCACUGCUAGAAGCUGAAGCUGGCGAUGAAGAGGAGCAGGAUGGUCGCGAGGAAGCUAGCAUGGCGGAGGCAACCGAUGAAGCCGAUGCACUGAAGCUAACGGAUGCCGCGAGCAUACAAGAGGCGGAUGCAGUCGACGGUGCUCCGGCCUCCAAUGAAGCCAUGGACGUGGAUGAGGGCGAAGCGGCAACAGCUGGAGAUUCGCCUCACACGACAGAGGCACCAGACGAUGUGGAAAUGCGCUCUCCGGGAGAGGACUCUCACCCCCCUGACGAUGCUGACCCACCCGAGGGUCGGGACGAGGUGGACAACAGUUUGGAGGAACAAGAUAACGCUGCCGAUCCGGACGAGGCAGAGGGCGAAGUGCCUGCGGAAGAUGAGGACAAUGCAGACGCCGACGCCGACGCCGACGCGGAACCCGAAGAAGCAGCGGACGAUGCUGGUGAAGCUGAGCAUGGUGAUGAUACCGUAGAAAAUGUGCUGGAACCCGAGGAAUCGGAUGUUUGCCUCAUUCCCGACGACAACGAGACGGAGGUGACCGAAGCGGAGAAGGAAUGGGCACGGGAGAACGCCGAGAAGGCUGCCGAGGAUGAGAUAGCCGCCGAGCAGGCGAGCAGUUCCAAGACGCCAGAGAACGAUGGGACAACAGCCAACGCCGAUUCUGCCGACCCAGAGGAUGGCGAUGCUGCAUCCUCUGCAGAGCCUACAGAAGACGCGACAGCCGUCCCUCCGAAUGAUGCUCAGGCUGAUGCACCAGCUGGAACUCAGCCGACGGCAUCAGAGGGUGCUGAAGAUGAUGUCAACGAUUCGCUGGCCAACGACGAGGAGGCUGCUGCCGAUGCCCCCGACGCAGAUGAGCCGACGGCCGAGGAAGCAGCCAGUGCCACAGAGGGCGAGGCGGGAGCCCCUCCGAAAAUUAUCAUCAGUUGGGUGGUGGGCAGCGUGAAGACGUGUCGGCAGUGUGGUGUCGAGAAGACCUGCGGCUUCCGGUUCAAGCGGCCAGAGGAGCCCAAGGACAAGGACAAGGAUGAAGGGCAGGAAGCACCCGAGGAGCCGGUGGCGCCCGUGAAUGAGUACCUCUGCGACCAGGCCUGCUGCAAUGCUCUGCUGGAAGAGCAGCCGGGCAAAUAUUUCGUUCGGCGCAAGAAAUUCCUGGUCGAGGAGGUCGCCGGGACCGCUGCGGACACCAGUGAAGAGGCAGAAGCAGAAGAGAGCGAAGCGCCGCCAGAGGGAGACGAAUCACAGACGGAGCAGCAGAAACGCGACUGCCUGCAGUGCAAGCAGCAGACAAAGUGCCAGUAUCUAAUCCGGCAGGAUCAGGACACGUACUACAUAUGCAAUGACGACUGCUUCAAUCUGCUCAAUGCCGAGGAACCCGACAAGUACAAGCUGAAGCGGCAUUCGAUUCGGGUGCGCAACAUCGGAGCCACCGCCAUGCAGCCCUCGGCCAAGAGGCCAGAGACCAGUGUCGUGGCCCGCACGAACGUCGAGGCGGAGGCCGCUCGACUGGAUCGCAUCGAGAGCUUCCGGCGGCGCUGUGCCGACUGCGCGACGGAGAUAGACCUGAACGAGCGGCAGCUGAUGUGGGAGACGAUGGACUUCUGCAACGAGGUGUGCCUGCGCAACUACCAGCUGAGCAUCGGCUCCAAGUGCGAGACGUGCAAGCAGGACGUGAGCUCCAUCGCCCUGGGGAAGUACUGCGUGAGGUUCGGGUUCGAGGUGCGGCAGUUCUGCUGCGCCGCCUGCCUGAACACCUUCAAGAAGGGCCUGAAGACGUGCUCGUGCUGCCAAAAGGACAUCAGCAGCGGGCAGGAGGGCUUCCUGGCCCCGGUGGGCGACAAGGAUCAGUUCAAGGACUUUUGCUCGCAGGUCUGCCUGCGGCGCUACGACUGCAUGUGCAACCCGAAGAAAAAGCUGCGCAUGGACAUGUGCGGCGUGUGCAAUAACGAGAAGCCGGUGCGCGUCGAGAUGCUGCUGGACGACAAGGAGCACUACUUCUGCUCGAACCCGUGCUUCUCGGCCUUCAAAUUCGUGAGCAACGUAAACGCCGACCCCUGCGCCAUGUGCUCCAAGUACUUUGAGCGCAAGAGCGCCGAGGCCUACACCAUCUACAACGAGCAGCAGACCCCGAAAGUGUUUUGCUCGCGCAUCUGCAUCAACGUGUACAUUAUCGUGAACCGCCACAUUGUCUCCUGCCAGUGGUGCAAGGUCAAGAAAUAUAAUUUCGAUAUGAUCUACCAGCUGGCCAGCGACCAGGAGACCCUCACCUGCUCCAUCAACUGCCUCACCAUGCACGGCGUCAGCUGCAACAUCUCCGCCCGUGCCGUCACCAAGUGCGACAACUGCAGCCAGUUCAAUACGCCGCAGUACCACCUGACCAUGUCCGAUGCCUCGAUGCGCAACUUCUGUACAUAUCAGUGCGUGAUGCAGUUCCAGAAUCAGUUCUCCCGCACACCCCUCACGCUCGACAGCGACACCCAGCCGAGCAGCAGCAGCAAAUCGCAGCAGUCCUCGCCCUCGUCGUCCGCGUCCUCGGCCCUGCUGCGAGGCGGAAACAAGAACUCCACGGCACCCUUCCCCACGGGUCUGCCCAAGCGCGUUAAAUUGAAGCUAUCGAACGCCAAAAACAAUUCGAUGCCCGCCAACAAGAAAUCCAUCGGAGGCACUGUGGUGCCAGUCAUAGCCAAUGUCACAUCACUGGCCACUGAGAACGACGCGCGCGGUGUUAUGCGGCGCAAGCGUGGUCGCAAGUUGGACUCUCCGCCGCCGCUGACCAUGAUUUCGGGGGGCACCCAAGGGUCAUCCCAAAUAAGCGUAAUGGGCCGUGGGCGUCCGCGCAAGCACGUGGACUAUGGGACGCGCUCGCCGUCGCCGGGAUUGGCCAGCACCUCAACGGGGGGGCUGAUCGCUGGACGACGAAACACGGCCACAGGCAGCAGCGUCGAUUUCUCGGCGCCCAUCACGGAGACGAAGAUUAUAACGGUGCCGCCGUACCCGAAGGCCGUGCGCAAUGUGAACAUCAGCUGCAAACCCAUGAUGGUGUCCACGGGCGAGCAGUGCAAGCCGUCGGUGCGCGAUUGUGCCACGCAGACGGACAAGGACUAUUCGAAUAAGGUGUUGAUUCCAGUGCCAGUGCCGAUAUUUGUGCCACAGCCCAUGUACAUGUACUCGGCACCGUUUCCCGUGCCGGUGCCCAUUCCGCUGCCCAUACCCGUGCCGAUCUUCAUACCCACCACUCGCAACACCGCCCAGGGCAUACUGAAGGAGAUCAAGAAAAUCCAGGACAAGAUGCCCGAAGAUCCGCUCGAGGCGGAGCUGCUCAUGAUGGCCGAAAUGGUGGCCGAGGAGAAGCACGACUCGGACUCCGAUUCCGACAAUGAAAUCAAGCCGGAUCCGGGCCUGGUCAACCUGCAGUACCAGAACAGUCUCGAGUCCGUCAAUCAACAGCAGCAGCAGCAGGUCGUCGAUGUCAGCGGCGCCAGUCACAAUCCCUAUGGCGACGACAUGCUCCAGAUAGCCCUUAAAAUGGCCACGGCCGACUACGACAAUCAUCAUCAGUCGUCAACGGUGGACCUGGAGACGUCGAUGACGGCCAACACGAUCCCCACACCCCCCAUGGGACACGACGCAAUGGGACAAAUGGGUGUCCACCAUUUGGAUCAGCAGCACCAUAUGCUGGAUGCUUCAAGCCGUUCUCCCCGUGGCCGCAAGCGAGGCGGUGGCUCUGUCAUGGACUCACCUAAUCGGAACAGCCGAUCGCCGGUGAAGAGGCCGCGUGGCAACGAAAUGGAUCACUCGGCCCUUCAGUUGCAGUCACAGCAGGCCCAGCAGCCGCAGGAGAAGCCCGAUGCCCAGAUGUUCCUCAAGUACACGUUCGGCGUGAAUGCGUGGAAGCAGUGGGUGAUGACCAAGAAUGCGGAUAUCGAGAAGAGUUCGAUGCGUAGGCGGCCCUUCAAAACGGAACUGCUGCAAAUGACUGCCGACGAGCUGAACUACUCCCUCUGUCUCUUUGUGAAGGAGGUGCGCAAGCCGAAUGGCACGGAAUAUGCGCCCGAUACAAUCUAUUAUCUUGUUUUGGGAAUCCAGCAAUAUUUAUAUGUCAAUGGACGUAUCGACAACAUAUUUUACGAUGCAUAUUAUGAACGAUUCACGGAGUGCCUGGAUGAGGUGGCCCGCAAGUUCUCUGUACUCUACAACGAUUCCCAAUAUAUUGUUACUCGCGUGGAGGAAGAGCAUCUGUGGGAGUGCAAACAAUUGGGUGCCCAUUCACCGCACGUGCUGCUCAGCACACUUAUGUUUUUCAACACAAAGCACUUUAAUCUGACGACCGUAGAGGAGCACAUGCAGUUAUCCUUCUCGCACAUCAUGAAGCACUGGAAGCGCUCAUCGCAGAAUUCGAAAGUUCCUGGAUCACGAAAUGUGCUCUUACGUUUUUAUCCACCGCAGGCGGGCCUGGAUGCUAAUCCCCGGAAGAAGAAGGUAUACGAGCAGCAGGAGAACGAGGAGAAUCCCCUGCGCUGUCCCGUCCGUCUUUACGAAUUUUAUCUAUCUAAAUGUCCGGAGAGCGUAAAGACACGCAACGAUGUAUUCUAUCUACAGCCCGAGCGUUCCUGUGUGCCCGACUCGCCCGUUUGGUACUCGACGCAGGCUCUCGGCCAGGACGCCCUGCAGCGGAUGCUGCAUCGCGUGAAAAUGGUCAAGGAGAUCAACAUAGCGCUAUUGACUACUUAAUGUUUAGUUGGCCAGCAGAUACGACGAAUCAGAUAUAGAUAUCAAUGUGUAUGUGCAAGGAAUAUUGCCCCUCAAACGAGGCCUGAAUCGGAGGAAUACUUUUCAGCUUCGUGCUUAGCACGGGCUUGUUUGCGGGCAACACCAAUUAGAGAUAAACGACGGGAGCGAUAUAGAGAAAGAGGAUGAUGAGUGGCAUAGGCUAGGCCCUUCCCUCCUUGGAAGAUCGAAAGUGCUAUACUAUAAAUUCUGUUUUAAGUUUAAAUUUACUUUUAACUUGAUUCUUUCUUGAUUUAUAUUCAUUUCGGACAGCGUCGAGAGCGGGCGAAUAAGGAUAAGGAGUGGAGUUGUGUAAAUUUUAAACGAUAACCAAGUCCCAUCCUAAUCUCACUUGAAGUACAUAAUACGAGAGUAAUGCACCAACAAUUCACGGACACAAAGACACUGACACGCAACAAUUUCAUUAGUUUUAGGUUCUCUGAAGGCAGAAAGCACACACCACAUUUUUAGUCAUUAAUUAGAUUGUGUUUAGCAUUAAGCAGAGCAGUAAAAAGCAAGGAAGUACAGUACGCAUGGUGCGCAGCCGUUGUAUGAGGAGGGGGAAUAAUAGCUAUCCAGCCGGAUAGCCAGACCCUAGCCCCACCCCUACCCUACCUAGCCCCUAGUAGCACUAGCCCUUCAAUUUUAAGAGUGCAUGUAUGUAUGUACAUAAACAUAAACAUAGACCCACAAACGACUAUAAAUAUGAUACAAAACAGUAACAAUUAGCCGCUUAGCUGUUGUUUGUAAGUGUUUACUUGUAAAAUGCUGUACUCCUUCUCCUUAAUUGCAACAUUCAUAUACGAAAAUACAUACAUACUUUGAAAUGAAA